AAAAAGACUACAAAGCAGCUAAUUUAGAAAGGAGAAAAAAAUCCUAGAAAAGGGCACUUCUAGAUCUCUUGUAGUAGAAAGCUAUUAUAGCAGUAUAGCAGCAUCAGCAUGCAUCGUUCCUUGUCAACAAGCUUUCAAGCCAGAAUUAUAAGCCAGCUGCAAGUUCAAAACCAGGUGCCGAAGGUGGUUAUUCAGGAGCCCUGUGACUUGUUCAUAAACCACAGAAGCAUGGACACAAAAAGAACUGUUGCUACUCUAAUCUAUGAUCAUCUUCGAAGGUUAGGCUUUCACCCUUUCUUGGACAACAAGAACAUGAAGCCAGGGGACAAGCUUUUUGACAAAAUCAACGCUGCGAUCAUGGAGUGCAAGGUUGGCUUAGCGGUUAUCUCACCUCGUUACUGUGAAUCCUAUUUCUGUCUUCACGAGCUUGCUCUACUUAUGGAGUGCAAGAAGAAGGUGAUACCAAUUUUUGUUGAUAUAAAACCAUCUCAGUUAGGUGUCAUCAACAACAGAAAUUGGACAAAAGAGGACCUUGACCGUUUCAAAAUGGCUCUUGAGGAGGCAAAGUACACUGUGGGUCUCAUCUUCAACUCCUCACAAGGGAAUUUCUCCGAUAUCGUGACUAGUGCUUCUGAUAUCAUCAUCAAGAACUUGGCAGAAGUUGAGGAUGAAGAUAUGCAGUAUCCAUGCAUUGCCAGCUAACACAAUAUACCACCAUGUAACCUUCUCCCUGUUUUCUAGGUAAAAGCUGUACAAAAUUACAAAUUAUACAAUACACAAAAUAAAAGUGCAGAUUCCUAGCUUGUACAGUGUAUCACAUAGCAAUGUAAUGAAGCGUGUUCAUAUAAGUUAUAUAUGGUGUGGCUCCAUGUUCCUCGUUGACUUCUCUUCUCUUGCUUCUUCUUGACGUUGUUGUUGAAAACAAAUUUUAUCACUUCAAAUUUUCUAUAUAUUGGUGCUUCAAUAUAUGUACAAUGAUUGCGUCUAAUAUAAUCACAUGAAAAUGAUCAUAGAUAUGUAGGAUAUAUAAGAAGAGGACAAAGCUUGAGUUAUCUAAAUUUCUUUACACGGUUUGGAACGUUCGUAUUAUAGAGUAUAAAUUUAUACAAUAUAUUAUAAUUUAUUUAUUGUUUGGUGUUAUUAUUGUAUUGUAUAUAUUUAUCCACCAACUUAACUCACUCUUAUAAAUUAAAAUUAAUGAUGUAUUAUUUAGUCCAGUCUAUAAAUAUAGGAUAAAAUAUGAUAAGCUUGUGACAUAUAAGCUACCUGAAAAUAUUUAAUUCACCGCCGCGGUCACUGCCGCUGCCAUCACCACAACCCCCCACCACCGCCAUCACCGCUACCGCCGCCUCCACCAGCAUUGCCUCGACCAUUGUUGCUACAACCAUCACCACAGCCGCCGCCACAACCACCACUGUCAGCAUCAUCACCAUCACCACCACCAUCAUCACCCUUCAUUGUCACCACCCGAAAAACCACCGCUAAUGCUGUCACCAUCGGCUUACAACACUACCACCACCACUACCGCCACCGCCCUCCAUCACCUUUCUCACCGCCGCCUCCAUCACACUCUGCCACUGCCAUCUCCUCUAUCACCACCCUACCGCCAGACCACCACUUCCACCAGCACUACUAUUGCCACCAUGACAACUAUCACCCUCUACCUACGAUGUUUGGGGAAUUGGGGUCGUCGUGGCCAUGAAAUAUGUGAUUAAGGUGGUAGGGUUAAUGAAAAGGGAAGGUAGGAGCAAAACUAAUUAUUUAAGUAUUCUAAUUUCAAUUAUGACGUGGUGGGGCAGCAAUGCAGCGCGUGACAAUGGUAAGGCGUUGCAAUUGUGUGAUCGGCUGAUGGAGGGAGGAAAAUUUAGUGGCGUCUUUGGAGGGAGGAGGAAGAGGACAAGAGAGAGGGUAAGAAUGGUGGAGGAGAAGGAGGGAGGAAGAGGCUGAUAGAGACUGAGUGCGGCGGAGGAAGUGGCCGAUGAAGAAUGUAAGGUUAGUGUGGUGGUGGACGAGGAAGGGGCCGAGAGAGAGUGAGGGUGAGAGUGGCAUUGCUAGAGGGAGGAAGAAGAGGUUGAUAGUGAGGGCUGAGAAUGAGUUUAUUCGUAUCGACUACGUGGUUGACAUUACACAUUAGCUUUAAGUUGUUUAAUUGAAACUCCCAAUAUCAAUGCUAAGUUGACGCUAAACUAUAGUGUCGAAGAAAAAAUAUAGAGGUGAAUAAAAUGAGGUAUUCAAAUGCAAUAUAAACGAAAUAUGUCAUAUGUGUGGGUUUUUUUACCAGUAUAUGGAUCAUGGAUGACUAAGAAAACAGAAUACGGGUAGCCCAAACAACUUGAAUAUUGAAUACUUCAUCAUAAAGUAGAGGCCGAAGCUCUUACUAUGACUUCCUUGAAAGCUAGACAAACCGUAAUUCUGACAGAGUCGAAUGAAUUGCUAAACAUGAAGUUAUUGGUUCAAAAAGAAUAUAUAAAUUUACUUAGAUAAUCAGUUUAUUUCAAUGUUGGUAUGUCAAUUUGAUUCAUUGUUGAGCCUAAAAAAUUUAGGGGUUUAUUGGAUUUCUAGUAUAUGAGCUACUUGUAUUAGGAUGAGUGUACAUACUUUAGGAUACUACAACACUUAGUUGGGGUAUGAUAUAAAACGUGACGUGUGCCAAUAACAUUUAAGUGAAUGUUUCUUCUUUUUCUCAUAUAUGUUUUAAAAUGAAACAAAAAUUCAAAUACACUGUCGGAUGUCGGUUUCCUAUUGGUACACGUCAAAUCGCGUCAGUCGUGUACCAUACAAUAAGGGUAUGGUAAAAUUCACCCACUUUGAGAUAUUAAUCAAACUAAUGUAAGGGCCGCCCAGUAACCAUUUGGAUCUCAAUCUAAGACCACUUACAAUGGCAUGUUGAAUGCCAUGUUGAAACAUGUUGAGAGUUGUUGAAACCAUGCAAUGGUUGGUUGAAAGCUGUUGAAAGUGGGAAAAUGUUGAACCGGUUCAACAAAGUUGAGAGGAGCAUCCGGAGCCACGUGGCAGCUCCGGAUUGGAGAGAGCUAGGCGCGUGCAGGACACGCGCCGACAAGGCGCGUGGCGUGUCAGUGGGAGAGGAGAGAGAAGACCAAGUGGGUGAGGAUGGGACGCGUGGCAGCGCCCCAUUGGCCAGCCGGAUUUUUUUUUUUAAAAAACUUUAAACUGAAUUAUCUUGUUGAAAUUUUUUUUUUUUUUUUUUUUACUAAAAUUCAUAACUUUUUUUUCUCUAUAAAUAGAGACUUGGUUUGAUAGAUUUGGACACAGAAAAAAAAACCAAGUUUUUCCCCAUCUUAUUAUCUCUCUCACCAUCUUAUUAUCCUUCUAUUAGCAUUUGUUUUGAAAUGGAUCCCAACAAUCACCAUUACAACACCCAGAAUUCUUCAAGCUACCCAAUUUCCAACCAAAAUCCCAACAACUAUGAAGAUCCAAAUCAAUUUUCUUACCCACGUCCUCAAAAUCCCACCAAUUAUCAAGUCCCACAUCAAUUCUCCAACCAACGUCCUCAAAAUCCAAACUAUUUUCAAGUCCCACAUCAAUUCUCCAACCAACAUCCUCAAAAUCCAAACUAUUAUCCAGAUCCAAAUCAGUAUUCGAACCAGUCAUCAUUUGUUCCAAACUUUCAUCCAUCUUAUGGAUCUGUGAGAUAUCCAUCUCAA